AUGUCGACGCCAGGCACCAGCUCACAAGCCAGCUCGCACCCCGUACCAAAUAACCUCACACGUUCCAACACAGACAACUUCAAGCGAUGCUGCAUCUGUUACGAGGAUGAAGGCGAACGCACUACCGAACCGGUCAUCCAUCCUUGUACAUGCAGUUUGCCCGUCCACGAGACAUGCCUUAUACGAUGGUACGAAGAGAUCCAAAAGCGGCACAACCGUGACGACGUGAGCUGUCCGCAGUGCAAGGCUCCCUUCAGGGUCGAGGAGCCCUUUGACUUUGUCGUGGCUCUGCGCGAUACAAUACAUUCCCAGUUCAGCAAGGUGUCACCCAUUAUCCUCGCGUCCAUGGCCGUGAGCGGUACCUUUGCCAGCUCUGCUACAUACGGUGUUAUCGCUGCCUCCUGGUUUGCUGGCUACGAGACUGCACUCGGGUGGGUCGGCCUUCAGAUUACUUCCGGUCAAGCUGUUGCCGUACCCGUGGCAAGAAGUGCGCGAUACGGCCUCGCACUCAUAACCCAGGACGAUCACCCAACAUGGCCGCCCUCACCCACGUGGGCAAUGGUUAUGAUGCCUUAUAUACAUAUGAGUUAUAUUAGAUUCUACGAUUACUGGCUAAGCCCGAUCGACAAUCGCCUCAACCGGGCUCUACGGGGUCUCGAAACCAGCCUUCAGCCCAUCGAUAGUGCCGCCGGCGAAUCCGAGGCCGGAAACAACGACAACAAUGGAAACCAGGACCGUGGAAGCCGCUUCAGCAUGUCCGACCUCCUAGACCUGGGCCGCACCGCUUGGAUUGUCUUCAUCAACCCCCCAGACCAGAACGAAGCAAAUCUAGAUGAUCCUUGGGGACUAGGCGCUAAUGCCCUCAACGGUAACGAUGGCUUCGACUUCGAAGUAGGCGCUAAUGCCGUCAACAAUAAUGCCGUCAACAAUAAUGCCGUCAACAAUAAUGCCGUCAACAAUAAUGCCGUCAACGGUAACGAUGGCUUCGACUUCGAUGAUUUCCUAUUUUCUGACCUUGACCGUCCGGGGCCUCACGAUGAGGAUAUUCCCACUGCCAUCGACGGUGCAUCAGGUGGGCUCUGGGAUGUGCCUCCACUGAAUCAAGACGUACCAAUUGGUAUGGUUUGGGGAGGGGGUCUACAGUAUCCAGAGUAUAUACAACCACAACCACAACCAGCUCCACCCGAACCAGCACCAGCCCAAGCGGCACCAGCCCAAGCGGCACCAGCCCAAGUACCGCCAGCCCAAGCAGCAGAAGCCGAGGCUCGCACCUCGGCCCCAGCAGUGCCAGCGCCCGCGCCCGCGCCAGCAGCAGCAGCAGCUCCACCUCCACAGCCCGCAGCACGGGAAAGGAACGACGACGACCAAGACGGCGUGGAACUCCCCCCGGUUUCCUUCACAGAUCUCACCAACAACGUAGUCACCUCUCUCCUCUUCCCCUUUAUCUCGUACGGCAUGGGCGAGCUUCUCCGCCUCUCACUACCGAGGUCGUGGACUUCCCCACCCAAGCCCAUUGUCACGUCGGGGUUCUUUAGGAGUGGAAAAAUCAUGCAAGGAGGGCCCGGCGGUCUGCUGCAACAGAGAUGGGGACGCAGUCUGGCGGGUGGCUGUCUAUUCGUGGUGAUCAGGGACGUGUUUGAACUGUAUGCCAAGUACAGGAAUGUGCAGGCGAAGAAAGCGCGGAGAAUUGUGAGAAAAAAGGGGGGAGAAGGAGGAGGAGGACAGAGGUCUAAUCGGAGGGCUGCUGGCGCUGGCGCUGGCGCUGGCACUGGUAAUCAGUAGGACUUUGCCAGUCUCAUCUCGCGUUCGAGGCGGGGGUGGUUUUGGUCAGUACUUGACCAGACGUGAAUAUUUGGAAGGAUAAUAGUGUUGGGUGAGAUGUGUUAUUGAUCCAGCGAGAACUGGGACAGGUUGGGCGAUUGGCACUAUGCAGCGAACUGGGCCGUGGUCUGGGUGUGCAUUUACAUGGGUUUUGGCGUUACAACUGCUUGAUGGUCUCCUUUCUGGCCUUUGUAUAUAUAUAUUCUUUUGGUUCUUUUUUUUCAUCCCCUCAUGGUGAAAUUGGUGAGGGGAAUUCACAUAGCGUUUUUCCGUGUAUAUAUUCUAGGACUGUUUGAGAUAACCAUGGUAGCUAUCAUGGCUGUAAAGACACAAGUUGAGCGG